UUGUUGUGGUUCCUUCAACACAGUUAAAAGACUGGACCUUUUAUCAGAACUAAUUUAAGUCUUUCUUCACUGAAAAUGAUUUUUCUAACUUCAAGACUUGAAUCUAAACUGUGAAUGUAAAAAAUAUAUUUAUAAAAGACAUUUAUCACAUGUUUCCAUUUUUUCAUUGUACUCAUUUGUUUUGUUGUGAUCAAUUCUUCAUAAUAUAUUUAAUGUAAUAAUCGAAGUAGAAUUGAAUGAAAACUAUCUUCCCAACAAUGGAUGUGUUUUUUUUUAUUUCAACAUGUUGUGUUAUUUGACUUUUGAAACGAGUAUCUGUACUUUGCAGGAAAAUAUAAGGAUGUUAGAUUUGUAUUUGAAAUUGUUUCAAUCGUGCAAAUGUUCUCUCACAGCCUCACAAAUGGUCAAAACCUGAAUGCAGAGUUGCUGCUGGACAUUUCUAGAGAAGGAAACUUCGCCCACUUACAGGAAAUGAUUGUAAAGUUGGGGGAUGUUCAGAUCUGCAGUGGUCCAGUGCACACACACAGUCUGCAUCAGAAGCUGAUAGACGAAGAGCUGAAGACAUGGCACCAACGUUUAAUGGAAAACCAGGAGACCUGAUCGAGAUCUUCCGUAAGGACUAUCAGCACUGGGCCGUCUACAUCGGAGAGAAUGAAGUGGUUCAUUUCACCACAGGGGGUGGUCAGUCAUCUGGCUCGUUGAGGCUUCUGAGCAGCAGCGCUGGGAAGGUCAAACGUGAGAAGCUCGCCGAUGUGGUCGGCAAUGACCGUUACCAGGUCAACAAUCUGCUGGACAACAGGCGCAAAGCUCGCGAGCCUUCCGUCAUAGUGAUGGAGGCCCGUGCGAUGGUGGGCCGCGAGCUAUCGUACAACGUUGCCACUUACAACUGUGAGCACUUUGCUGUCGAGAUGCGAUACGGCAAGGCAGAGUCUCUGCAGGUUAUUAAAACAUUGAUCACAGUCGCCAUCGUCACCCCAGUCGCUGCAGUCGUCGCAGGCCCCGUAGUCGCCAUAGCCGCUGUAGCAGUUGGGGCAUUUGCUUUAUGUAGAUCUCUGUUUAGCAGUCGUUCCAGCAGUUAAGAGGAAGAGGAAGACAACAAGAACAAAACAAGAACAAAUCCCAAACACUGGCAACAAUGAAUGUUGGCAUGUAGCUGACAGUGAUUAUGAUUUAAACUUUUGAAAUAAACGAUCUCACUUGUGAAAUCUGGAGAGAAAAAGGUUGUUGUUCAACACAGUUAAAAGACUUGACCUUGAAUCAGAUAAGACAAUAAGGCAUUAAAUCAUCUGGAUGAUCAGACUAAAGACACAUCUCUUCAGACUUCACCUUGGAUAAAAGAUAAAAUAUAUACUUCUAUAUCUGUUUAGUAGCACCUAUAUAUAUCUAGUAGCACUUAUAUAACACUUACAUAUAGCACUUUGUAGUUUGGCUUUCUUGAAGCAAAUUGUACUUGAUUCUUGUUGUUCUGGGUUUGUUCUCUCAUGGUUGAUGCUCUUAUUGUCACUUUGGAUAAAAGCGUCAGCUAAUUGAAAUGUGA